UCCGGCCAGCUAUCCCUUGACGCCCGCUCCCUCGCCGUCCACGGCGUCCUCGACCCUCAAACCCUAGCCCCGCUCGCUUUCAAUCUCUCCCCUCUCGACGCCGUCAAGGGCUCACUCCUCUCCGUCGCGCUCAACUCCCUCGCCUCCAUCCUCAUCCUCUACUCCACCUCACCGGAUUCCUCCGCCCUCCAGUGGUUGUCGCCGCCGCAGACGUUCAACAAGACCCAUCCCUUCGUCUACACUCAAUGCCAGUCGAUUCACGCGCGGUCGGUCUUCCCAUGCCAGGACACACCCGCCGCUCGCAUCUGUUACUCCGCGAAGCUUAAUGUGCUGCGGGAGCUAUCGGCGAUGAUGUCCGCCAGGCAUGCCGGCCGCCGCGAUCCGGUUACCGGUGACGUGAGCGAGGGGUUUAAGAAAGGGGGUUCCGCCGCGGGGCUCAAUUUUGAGUCUCUGUGGUGUGGGGAUGGGAGAAUGGUGGAGGAAUUUGUGAUGGAGCAGCCGAUUCCGCCGUACUUGUUUGCUUUCGCGGUUGGGGAACUGGGGUUCAGGGAAGUUGGGCCGAGGACGUGGGUUUACUCUGAGAAUGUGGUUGGAGUGCUGGAUUCGACGGCCAGUGAGUUCGCAGAGACUGAGGAGAUGAUCAGGCAAGGGGAGAAGCUGUUUGGGGAGUAUCCGUGGGAGAGGUUUGAUUUGUUGGUGUUGCCGCCGAGCUUUCCUUAUGGUGGAAUGGAGAAUCCCAGGAUGGUGUUCUUGACACCGACGGUGAUCAAAGGGGAUGCAAGUGGGGCUCAGGUCGUGGCGCAUGAAUUGGCUCAUAGCUGGACUGGCAACUUGAUUACCAACAUAAACAAUGAGCAUUUCUGGCUGAAUGAGGUAAUUAAGAUGAUCCAGUAUUGCACUGUUGAGUUUUUGGAUAGCUUAUAA